CAGGAAGUCCCCCCCGUAGGACGGACCGUCCCACUGAAGGCGCCGCUUACCUGCGCCCAUGCGGUCGUUGGGAGGACGCAGAGCAGGUGAAGUGGUGAAGGCCGGGUCCUCAUAAGGAUUGAGACGAAGCUACAAUUUGUGCUCUCGAACGGUCCCUCGCAGGACCGGUGGGAGGAGCUACACGCGUUCACUUCCCCAACAAGUGAGGUCAGAGAGGACUACCUCCUGUUAACGAGCCAGAGAAGACCGCAGGUGUACCCUUCAAAAUAAAACAUGGACGUCAGAGUCUCUGUGAGCUGCGUGGUGUCGUUCUGCCUGCUGGACGUGAUUGUCACCACCGUCCUGUACGCGCGCGGAUCACACUUGGCCGUAUUCCAGCAGGACGUCCUGUCCUUCAACAUCCUCCAGUCGGCGCUGGACCUCUGGGGGGCCGUGCUGGUCAGAGCCUCCCUCCUGCUGGGGGCCUCCGUGGGAGUCUCGUGGAACCGACGGGACGGCCCACGCAGGGUCACCAGCUCCUCCACCCUCGUCGCCUUUACCUCCCUGCUCUCCAUCACCUACGCCCUGGCCAAGCUGCUGAUGCUGACGGAGCUGGGGCCCCUGACCCGCCGGCCCUGGACCCUGAGUCUGACAUGCUGGACUUGCGCCUCCUCUCUGGCUGUCGUGCCGCUCUGGAGACUCCUGGGGAAGGAGUGCCACGCGAGUCCCGCCCUGAGUGGCGGCGGCAGCAGCAGCAUCAGCAGAGGAGGAGAAGAGAGCUGGAAGGACACUGAGCGGCUGUUGGGGGCAGUUGUUGAGGAGGAGGAGCAGGAGGUGGGCUCUGAGAGGAGGAAGAGAAAACAGGAGGAGGAGGAGAAGAAGGAGCGGAAGGAGAAGUCUGGCUCCGGGGCGACACUGGGACGUCUGCUGACCUACUGCAGGAAGGAUGGCGGGCUGCUGUCCGUCGCCGUCCUCUUCCUCCUCAUCUCUGCCGUGUGUGAGGCCUUCAUACCGUACUACUACGGGGCGGCGAUAGACGGCAUCGUGGUUCACAAGAGCAUGGAGUACUUCGCUAAACCUGUGAUCAUGCUCUCAGUGCUGGCCUUGGCCAGUUCUCUCGCUAUGGGGGUACGCGGAGGAGUCUUCACCCUGACGUUCGCCAAAUUGAACCUCCGACUCAGGGACCAUCUUUUCAGAACCCUGAUGAGGCAGGAAAUUGCUUUCUUUGAUGAAAACCACACAGGCGACAUCAUCUCGCGCCUGUCGGCUGACACCACCCAGGUGAGUGACCUCAUCUCGGUGAACAUCAACAUCUUCCUGCGGAGCGUCAUCAAGGGCGCCGGCUUCUCCAUCUUCAUGCUGGGGAUUUCCUGGAAGCUCACCAUGGUGGCCCUCAUGGGCUUCCCCUUCAUCGGCUUCGUCUCCAAAUUUUACGGCGACUACUACAAGAAAUUGACAAAAAAGGUGCAAACAGUCCUUGCCGAGGCCAACAAAGUGGCGGAGGAGACCAUUUCGGCCAUGAGGACGGUGCGAAGCUUCGCCAAUGAGGAUGGGGAGGCUGAGUCCUACUACGGCAAGCUCCUGGAUAUGUUCCAGCUCAACAAAAAGCAAGCCCUGGCCUACGCCGGCUACGUGUGGUCCAGUUCGAUCUCUGAGCUCGCCUUAGAGGUCGCUAUCCUCUACUACGGCGGCCACCUUGUAGUAACCGGUCAGAUGAGCGGCGGGGCCUUGAUCUCUUUUUUUAUAUACAUGCUCGAAAUGGGCGAAUGUCUGGAGAGCAUCUCGUCGGUCUACACGGGCCUCAUGCAGGGAGUUGGGGCCGCCGAGAAAGUCUUUGAGUACCUGGACAGGAAGCCCAAACAACCGGCCGAGGGUACGGAGGCUCCGGGCACGUGCGCCGGCGUGGUGGAGUUCAAGGACGUCACGUUUGCCUACCCGACGCGCCCCGACAUCGAUAUUCUCAAGGGCUUGUCAUUCACCAUGCGGCCCGGGGAGGUCACCGCCCUCGUGGGACCUUCAGGCAGCGGGAAGAGCUCCUGCGUGAGUCUGCUGGAGAACUUCUACCUCCCCCAGAAAGGCCAGGUGCUGCUGGACGGGACGCCUGUCCAGGCCUACCGCCACGACUACCUCCACUCCAAGAUCGGGCUCGUGGGCCAGGAGCCGGUGCUGUUUGCCCGGACGGUGGAGGAGAACAUCACGUACGGCCUGACCGACGCCACCUCGGAGGCCGUGCAGCAGGCGGCCUCCAAGGCUAAUGCUCACGAUUUCAUCACGGCGCUGCCUGCGGGCUACGAGACAGGUGUUGGAGAGAAAGGCACCCAGUUGUCCGGGGGGCAGAAACAGCGCGUGGCCAUCGCCAGAGCUCUCAUCCGCAACCCUCGAGUUCUCAUCCUGGACGAGGCGACCAGCGCCCUGGAUGCGGAGAGCGAACACGCGGUUCAGACGGCGCUGAACGACAUCAUGCAGGAGCAGACGGUGUUGGUGAUCGCACACCGGCUCACCACGGUGGAGAGGGCGGACAACAUCGUGGUGAUCGACAAGGGCCGCGUGGCAGAGCAGGGGUCUCACGCUCAGCUGAUGGCCGGCGGGGGGCUGUACUGCAAGCUGGUGCAGAGGCAGGUGCUGGGCAUCGAGACGGGGGCCGAGGACCUCAACCCGGUCGAGGGAGGCAGCCCAAAGCCAGGCGGCGGACGGCAGCGGGGAAGACAAAGCAGCAGCGGCGGCAGCAGCAGCAGCGGCAGCAUCAGCGAGCCGGAGUGCAAUGUGCGCUACUGAGAUGUCCGCGAGGGCUGCAUAGAAUGCUGUGGACACUGGGAUUUAUGUGUGCUGCAGGUCCCUCGAGCCGAAUUUACACAACGGAAUGCCUAAAAAAUACAUAAAAAGGGAAAAUAUAUUUGAAUGUAUGAGUAGAUAUCACAGGGUUUGCAACUCGAGGUGUAUGAAUGUCCCUAAUCAUUAACUUAAUGUGUAAUAUGUUUGUGUAUGUACAAGGUUGUUUGUUUUAAAACAUCUACAAUGUAGACUGAUGAAUUAUUGUUUUAUUUAAGUCUUCCUCCGGAUUUGACUCGCUCUGACAAGAAUUGUACAGUGGCACGUGUGGAAAUGCUUGGUUUUACCACUUUUUUAAAGAACGUUUAAUUACUUAAUUGUUAAUCCAACAAGUGAGUGCUGUAAUGAAUAAACGGUGCCUUUGUUGAA